AUGCGAGUCAUGCUUCAGGGACGCGGCGAGGCGGCGAGCGGCUUCGGCACAGAGGCUGCCGACAUGAGCCAAGACCAGCCAACAUCCCACAGUGCAGCCGCCCGCCAGACUCUCCACCAGCAAUCAUCUUUUACUAUUUUGCUUCCUGAUCGAGUAGUCUUGAUACAUGCCGUAUUUGCACCACUCCACCUCGCCAACAGAUCAAGUUCCCAGCUAGGCGUCAAGGAUAAUGUAAGUAUUGGGCGAGACGCUGGUGCAUCUACAAGCGAAAUGGUCACCAACAAUUGUCUAUUCGUGGGCAGACUGACCGGAUUCAUCGUGGACGAGCAAGUCGGUGUUAUCCAUCCGAAUGACUUGUUUUUGGCUAUCGCCAUCUUCGCUCUCACGAAACACCAAUUUGCCGCAACUACCGUUCUGCACAGUCUCGACCUGAUGCCGCUCUCAUACUCAUUGAAUCCUUCGUCGACCCCCAUUGCCUUCGGGAAACAGCCAUCUGCAGGCUGGUGA